AAGCUUUUCCGGGGCUCUGUCAAAAAAGAACUUGCAGUUUUUCUGAGAACGAUGUUCCCAGACCCUGGGGUGUGCCCUUCUCUGGCAAAGGAUGUAGCCCCUAGAUGUGCCCUGGAGUCAUUCUGCUGCCAGAUUCCGGUGUCCACCCACUUGGCUGGAGCAGGCCUUCUAAUAGUCUUUCUCAGCACUCUCGGCUGUUGUGCACAGGCCCCAGGUUUUAACAUGGCAGAAGGCGACACCCUGAUAUCAGUGGAUUAUGAAAUUUUUGGGAAGGUGCAAGGGGUGUUUUUCCGCAAGUACACACAGGCUGAGGGUAAAAAGCUCGGAUUGGUAGGCUGGGUCCAGAACACUGACCGGGGCACAGUGCAAGGACAGUUGCAAGGUCCAACCUCCAAAGUUCGUCAUAUGCAGGAAUGGCUUGAGAUGAGAGGAAGUCCCAAAUCGCACAUCGACAGAGCAAACUUCAGCAAUGAGAAAGUCAUCUUGAAGUUGGAUUACUCAGACUUCCAAAUUGUGAAAUAAUGGCCUUAAUUUAAAUUCUCCAAGAUAAACUCAGUGGUUUUGUUUUUUAUUGUUAAUAGAACUAUUCUGUGUUCAAUAUUAGAAUUUGUCAGUAAGUUAUUUUAGUAUCAGAUAUUUGAAUGCUACUGGAUAUUACAUGUAUGAUGGAUUACAACCAUAUGCAUAAUUCUAACCAAUAAAAACACAUUAGAGCCUUCUGUUUAGGGCACUUUAUUUUUCUUCAGUGAACUCUUUUCUUUUGAAAUAAGAGGUGUUUAUUCAGUAAACAUCUAUGGGAAGAAUAUUUGGAGGUAACUGAAAGUGUCCGAAGGAAAGAGAAAGCAGUUACCCUGAAUCAUGUCCAUAAAUGAUCACCAUGUAGUUUUCUUCAGGCAAUUUCAUUUCUAGUAAGAACAGAUGCCACAAGUUCAAUUUGUUAGCUACUCAAAUUAUGUUUUGGGCUCAUUUCUUUUAGCUUUCUGAAGGUUCUGCUGUCAUUCUUUUCCUCCAGGUAAGGAAUUU